AUGGUUCGCUUCGUAAACAUCAUUGGCGGAGUCGCCCUUAUCUGCGCUCUAGGCGCUGUUGCCCAGCCUAUCAGCUCGGUAGACGUCAAGCAACUCACCGAUGAGACCCAGGCUACGGCCGACCACGAGAAGCGCCUGUUCAAGUUCAACUUUAAGCGUGACGAGGAACACGCCGACGACAAGCACGACGUUGAGAAGCGUCUCUUCAAGUUCAACUUCAAGCGUAACGAGGAACACGCCGACGACAAGCAUGACGUUGAGAAGCGUCUCUUCAAGUUCAACUUCAAGCGCGACGAGGAACAGACCGAUAAGGAACAAGACAUCGAAGGUACUGCCGAGAAAGAGAAGCGCCUGUUCAAAUUCAACUUCUAA